AUGGCCAUUGACGAUCUAAUAACAGAUCCCUCCCUGCAGCCGUUGCUGCAAACAUCCCACGCGACUCUAGCGCAGACACUUUCCGUCUUGACCUGGUUAGAGGAACACGCGGCGACCUCAACCCCUACACUUGAGCAAAAGCUUGAGCUGGCGCAACAACACAAGAUCCUGAACGCGUACCUGGCCAAGCUACGAGGUCAGCAUCGACAGGCUGCCUUCGGUGUUCGGGCGACCAAGCAGGAGACGGCAGAGGCCAGACAGGAAGUGGACCGACUACUGUUGCAGCUCCAGAAUCUGUACUAUGAACAAAGACAUCUGCUCGGCGAGAUUGGCACUUGCGAGGCGUACGACCAUCUCUACAUGCACCUCCCGCUCCAUCCCUUGGACGAAUACAUCGCAAUGUUCCCCGACCAGGCAGACCUCCCGGAACAGGAGUUGAUGCCGUUGAGGAUCGAAUAUGAAAAGCAGGAGCGGGAGAAGAUGGAGCAGAAGAGGUUGGAGCUAGUCAAGAUCAAGGAUUCCCUGGCCAAGGAAAAUACCAGGAAGAAAGAUGAGCUGAAGAAGAUGGACGAGAAACUGGAGGCCAUGAUCGAUGGUCUCAAACCCCUGGAAGAAGCGCUGCAGAAAGAACUGUAA